GUAUUGGUAAUUCUCUUUACCUCCCUCGGAAAAGAACCUGCCAUCAUGGCGGCAGGUUCAAUUUCGGAAGACGAAUAUUGGGACAGCAUUAUAUUCUUCCUGACACUUUCAAGUAAAAUCGACAGUAAAUGGACAAUCGUAAACACCAAAGAUGGUAGAAGAUUCGCAAAAAAGGCAGAAGUGUUUAUUUUGAGUACAGAAAAUAAAGAAUCCACUAUGAAUGACGAUGUUAUCAGAAACACAGAGUUAAUGGAAGAGCAAGAGGAAGAUACUGCAGCUUUCCAGGUCAGAGGGAAUUCCGACGUGGAAGUCGUGACUUAUGAAUAUCACAUCCUGUAUAGCCCCAGCUAUGGUGUGCCAGUUAUGUACUUCAAUGCCCACACACAAGGUGGAAAACUUCUGGCCUUAGAGGAAAUCUGGAAGAGGGUGCCAGAUGUAUAUAAAGAGAGAUUGUCUGAAGAAAGAUGGACAUUUAUUACACAACAAGAACACCCUUUACUUGGCCGUCCAUUCUAUUACCUACAUCCAUGUCAUACAGCUGACCUGAUGAAAAACUCUCCAGUCCUAACAGAUAAAAGACAUUACAUCGUUUCCUGGCUGAGUGCUGUUGGUCCUGUGGUUGGGUUGAAACUUCCUCUGGAGUAUGGAAAACUUUGUGUCAGCUGACAGCCAUUUUUUGGGGGUCCAAUAUUGGAGCCAUUCCAUUUACAGAAACAAUAAUGUUGUUUGUAUAUGAAGUGUUACAAACCAAAUGUGUAUAAAAAUGUGCAAUAUGAAUACUUGUUUUUGUUGAAAAAUAGUGUAUGGUUAUAUAAAAAAUGUCUUCAUCUAUUAAAACAAGAUAUUUUUAUGACAAAAAUA